AUGGCUAGUCCUAAUGUGCUUACCUUCGAUGUUGAGGGCCGUGUGGUCGAUUUUGAGGUUUGGGUAGAUGAUUUGCACCUCUAUCUUCAAUGCGACUCCAGGGAUGGGGUCUCGCUGUUCGAUCACACGUCCGGCGCCUCUGUUGCACCUGCUGCCAACGCAGACAGUACGCUUUGCUCGCAGUGGACUAUUCGUGACGCUGUUGCUCGUCUUGCUAUUUGUAGUCACCUGUCGUCUGCUAAGCGCGCGCACUUUGGCCAAUACGAGACUGCUAAGUCUCUGUAUGAUGCUGUUGUCGCACACUCCUCCUCCCAUGCCUCUGCUGCCCUCAGCCGCAUCAUGCUACCGUACUUGUUCCCUGAUCUAGCCGCUUUUGCCACAAUCGCUGACCUCAUCACUCACCUCCGCACUAGUGACACCCGCUACCGCACUGUGCUUCCCUCUGAGUGUUGCGCCAAGAACCUCCCCCCCCCCCCCCUACGUACAUCACCCUCUUCUACCUCGUCACCUGCCUCCCUGACUCUCUCCGCUCAGUGCUCCCCCGUUCCCCUUUUGCCCUCUGUUGCUUCUGCUGCUGCUGUCGACCUCAAUGGCACGGAGGCGGUCGGCAUUGCGUCUGCUCCUAGUGGGAGGCGCCACAGCAGCAAGGGCAAGGGGGGCAAGGGUGGUGGAAGGGACAGAGGGGGCGGCAGUUGUGGCGGUGGAGGUGGUGGAGGGGGUGGGAGUGGAAGUGGGGGUGGAGGCGGGAGUGGGGGAGUCGGUGGCGGCGGUGGAGGCGGCAGCGGCAGCGGCAGUGGGGGUGGUGGCGGCGGUGGUGCUGGUCGGGGUGGAGCCGUGCAGUGUGGAGGCUUUGGCGGUGGCCAGCGCCAGCAGCAGCCGCGUUCCCGUGAGGCCCCGUUGCCUCAGCAGCUUUGUGAGUGGUACGCUGGGCAUGGGAGGUAG